UCUAACAGUGCAGGCUGGUGGGUGAGAGAAAUAGACAGAGGAGAAGAGCAAAAGAGACGACAGAGGGGAAAGAAGGGGCGAGAAAGCCAGAGGAGAGAGGAAGGGACACAUAAUGAGAGGAGAAGAAGAAACCCAUUCCAGCUGUGUUUCUCUAUCACAAAUAGAUCCGUGAGAACUUCUUCACAUUGAAGAAUUUUCCACUGCACGCCAAGGGAACAAACAUUUGCUUCUGACAUUUUUGGUCAGUGUUAGCUGUUUAUUUUUGAUCAAGCUGUAAUUCAAACAAAAAUAUAUCAUUGAAAACUUUAAGUGGGACAGAAAUAGAACCAAUUUUCAUUGGGAAAGAAGUCUUUUUGGUUACGUUUGUUGUUUUGCAUCAAAAGCCUCUCAAACUUGCCAUUUGAAGAGUUUCAAACAUGAGUACAGACAACUCGACUCUGUUGGACAACUUGGUCUUUGCCCCUCUGUGCGAUGGCUGGAGCAACAACACAGAGGGAGCCAUAUACCAUUUGGGUAACACCAUCCUGUUCCUGGGCUACAUGGGAGGCAGCGGGGCCUACGGGUGCCUCUUCAUCUUUGGCUUCCUGACUCCGGCCUUCUUGUGCUUGACCGUGUGGGGGUGGAUAACGAUGUGCGGCCUGGACGUCUUCACCUGGAACCUGCUUCUGCUGCUGGUCUGCUUCGCUCAAAUCUGCCACCUCCUUUUCCGGCUGCACCAGGAGGGCAUACGCAGUGAGGAGUUGACCUCCCUCUACCAGGCGGUCUACCUGCCACUGGGCGUGCCCGUCCAGGUGUUCAAGGAGAUAGCAAGUGCUUUUGAGAAUAAGGUGGUGGAGCUGAAGGCAGGGGAAACAUAUGCUGUGGAGGGCAAGACGCCCAUUGACCAGCUCUCCUUCCUGCUCUCUGGGAGGAUCAGUGUAUCUUUGGAGGGACAGUUCCUGCAUUACAUCCACCGCCACCAGUUCCUCGACUCUCCAGAGUGGGAGUCUAUCAGACCAAAUGAGGAGGGAAGGUUCCAGGUGACACUCACAGCCGAGGAGGACUCCCAUUACAUCUCAUGGCGUCGCCGCCGCCUUUAUAUGCUGAUAUCAAAGGAACGCUACAUCGCCCGCCUCUUCUCUGUCAUGCUGGGCUAUGACAUUGCAGAAAAGCUCUACAACCUCAACAACAAGCUCUACAUUAAGAGUGGCGUUCUGCUGGACAUCCGUCUGCCAAGCCUCUACCACGUGCUGGCCCCCUCAUCGCAUGGUAGUGAAGGCGGCAGCUGCAGUGAUGGUGGCAUCACCAGGGAUCAACAAACGGAGCAGCAAGACGAAGACCAAGCACCAGCCUACGAGACGUCUGAUCCAGCCCAGUCUCAGCCCCCCCAGCCGCACCUGCAUGGACCAAGGAAGACCCACCUGGAUGAACCCCAGGCCCCCCGGCAUGACCGUUAUCAGCACCCCUGGGCAUCAGACCCGGAGCUGCCCUCUGGUGAGGACUCCACCAGCCUGGUCCUGGAGGACUUUGCUGAUGUGGCGGGCUCCUUAAUGGAUUAUGGCAGUGAGAGGGAUUAUUUGAGGUAGAGGGGCAGGGUGCUGGAGCUAACACACUGGGUCACCACUUAAGCUACAUGAGGUGAUGGUGACAGGGAUCUACCAGCCUCGAUUUCAGAGGGGCAGAGCACCGCUGGCUCCCACUGACACUCCCAAACUGUGAGAUCAGUGUCUCCUGGAAACAUGAUGUUAUUUACAGUAUAGCAGUAUGAAUGUGUCACAUGUCACUCGUUUAUGACGCUGUCUCCUCCUCGCUCUCUGUUCAUAUCGUUAGUCCUGAGCAUGUGUGCUCUUCUUUCUCUCUUCAAAGUACAGUUUGAGUGACACAAAAGCCAACUGGGGCUCAUAUUUUACAACCACAUUAACAAUUUAAUGCUCAAAAAUUACAAACGUGUUCUUGUUCUGAUGUAAAGGCUCUCGAGCAGCAUUUGAAAUCUGAAAUCUGCCUUAAAAUCUGUUGGCUGCUCUGAAAAGCAGGAGGAUCCACCACAUCUACUGAAUUUAUGUGAAACUUCUGGAUAUUUCAUCAUUUAAAUGAAGAUAUGAUUCAUAAAAUGAAUGAUUUAACAACUGAACAAAUCACUCAAGUGUUCAAAGAGCAGCCACUAGUUUAUUUCUGUAGCUGUUGUAAGAGAGAAAACUCUGUCCAAUAAAAUAUGGACGAUGUUGACUUGCAGAUGAUGUAAUCUAAGACAGGAAAGAGAUACAGCCGUCACUCUGUCACUUACCAGCACAUUAAAUGUCUGAAAUGUUAUUUUGUGUCAUAAAAAUGGAUUGUAUGUUUCUGAAACGGAUGAAUUUGGUUUUCAUCUCGCUAAUAUUUGAUGUUGAAUACAUGAUUGUUUGAUUUGGA